AUGGACGAAAGUUGUAAGAGCCCUCAAGAGGGCGACGGGACCCCGGAUAUCCUGAGUCGUCCCGUGCAUUACCCCCAACAACAGCACUUGGUUGCGUCCUAUGGGGGGGAAGGAUCGCAACUCUCGGAGCGCUGCAACGAAGAACUAAAGCGUCCCUGGUCCUACGGAGGGAGAUCUGGGGGACUGUUGGCGCCUCCCGGCUACUACAGUUCUACUCAAAAGCAGCUCGACGAAUUCGAGGAAGUCAUCAGUAAGAUGGCGACUAUGACGCGCUGCCCUCCACCAUACCCCGGCAAUGUGGAACGUGGUUGCAAUGAAUUAGGAGUCGCUGCAGCCACUGAUUUAGGAUUUAGUGGCUGCAAUGAAUUAGGAGUCUGUAAUAGGAGACAAGUUUAUCCGGGAUGUCGCGAGACUCCGGUUACCCACGACCCUUACAACAUCGGCUGCGGCAACGAAGCGCAUGAUGUCCAGAGUAAUGACUUCGCCAACUCUCAAGCUGUGGACAAUAUUUCGUCCUGUGGCGCUGCGAAGUUUUCAGAUUCUGCACAUUCCAGAAUGAGCUUAUCGGCAGCUUUUCAAAACUGCGCUAACGCCUCUCAUUGUCCAACUGAUACCGGACUAUACGAAAACAAGGAUCACGGGAACCUAGGCCUUCCUGCUGCAACCACCUGCCUUCCGCCCUCUUACCAUGGAACUCAACAAGGUGUUCAUGUUUCUCCUGGGCGCCAACCACUCAACUCACCCAGGCCUUCGCCUUAUCCUUCUCCUUUGACGUCUCCCAAUCCUGAGACUCCUCCACCGUCGAAUCCUCCGUCUCGGAGGUCGUCAUUGAGCAGACUUCAUCAGCAGGUGCCGGUCUCGCCGUGCAGGAUUCACGUGUCCGCCCCCUGGGAGCCCAGGUCUCGGCCUAUGCUCUACAAUGCUCCUCCCGCGAGUGUCCGGUCAAUCCACACAAACUCGAGGACUUCGUUCAAGCAGCAGCUUAUGCGGACACAACAGCAACAGGAAGAACAAAGACUCAAACAGCAAGAAGAACGCAGGCUUAAACAGCAGCAACAGCAACUGCAAUAUCAACAGUUCAGUCCUCAACAGCAGCGAAGCUCGGCUAUCGAUGUGAUAGAUCCUCGCUCGAUCCAAGGCAACGGCCAUCACAGCGUGGUCGGGGACGGUGGCCCAUCGGGUUCAGUUCAGGUGCAGUCUCUCCUGGAAAACCCAACGCUGUACCACGUUCUUCAAACGCGUGAUCGCUUGGAACGUCACCAAACACCAUCUUCCUCUCACUCGUCCAAUGGCGACUAUCCUGCAGUUGCGGCUCAAUUUCUCGACACAAAUCGUGGACAACCACAACCCUCGGGGUUGUCCAGGUCGGCGAUCGAAAGCACGCUCGUCGCGGGGAACGUUUGUUCGUCUUCGAUGCAAAAACAUAAAGGGUAUUCCGUCAUCUUGCCUCGGUCUGACCCUGGAAUGACUGCCGAUAUACAUCGAAAUCGGCCCGCAGAUGAAAGUGAGUUCUACUGUUAA